AUGGAAGAAGUACAUCAAGAACAAGAGCCACAUCUAAAUCCAACUGUUGAUUUGAAUAUGGACAAAUUAUCCUUAACAAGAGAUAAUGUCCCAUUAGAAGUGGUGGAUGCCUUAACCAUUGCAUUGCAUGAUAUAACUCAAAAAAACAUGUACAAAGGCAAGUACAUCAAGGACAAGAGCCCAUUCUUAGUAAAGCAUCUUCAGAUUUGCAUCAGUCGAAAGAAGAUUGUCUCUAGUGAAAAGUGUUUGACUAGACAUUUGAUGGAUCAGAAAAGAUAUCGGGGAAUAGAGAAGCCAAGUCAACAAAAGUUGAAGAAUACUAAUUUUUCAAAGAUGAAGUCACUUUCUCCUAAGAUACCUACUAAUCUCAUGUUGCAAGAUGAAGAAAUGCAUACCUAUGAAACAAUGGAGUCACUUUCUCCCCAUCAAAGUCAUAUGAGAAGAGUUUCUAGUUUGAACCACGAUGAGGAAGAUUAUGAAGAAGAGGAACACGGAGUUGAUUCUUUUCGAGAUGAAAACAUUGGUUCAACUUCUCAUGGCAUGUCUAAUACUCGAAAAGAAUCUAGAGCUUUGAAUGAAACUAAAAAGUGGCGCUCGAAUAAGGCAAAUUUAGUUUUUGAAGUUGAUGAAUGUACUGGUCGUAUAGUUGGGGAAGAUAGUCAACAAAUAAUCACUAAGGGUGGGUGUGUAGUUAGAGAUCAUGCAAAAUUUGAUGGAACCACUUGGAAAAACCAAUCAGAUUUGUUGAAGUAUGAUAUUAUCACUAAAUGCAUGGGAAAUUCAACUUAUGAUCCAAGUUGUCGCUCGAUGGUGCGUGCUAUCGAUACACAACUGGCGAACCAACAUAAAAACAGGGAAUAUAGGUUGCACCUUCAUUUCAAAAAGUUCUCUACAAAAGAGGAAGCAAUCAAUCAUCCUCCAAAUGGUGUAAUCAAUGUUGAUUGGGUAAAACUAUGUCAAAAAUUUGCAAGUGAAGAAUUUCAGAAAGUUAGCAUUAGAAACAAGAAGAACAAAUCAUUUAAUCAAGUUCCACCCGCAGUUGGCACAAUUUCAAUUGCAAUGAUUGUUGACAUGAAUGAAUUUCUAAAUGAGGAAGCUUCUUCUUCUUGUUCGCCGGCUGAAAUAUGUAUGAAAAAACUACAUCGUAUACCGGGAUAUAUAAAUGGGCGUUCUGUUUCGACAAAACAAGUUUUAGGCACAGAAAAGUUACAAAUGGAACUGGAAUUGGAAAAGGAAAAAUCAAAAGCCUUGGAGGAGGAAAUUCGUGUAAUUAAAGAAGAGCAACUACAAUUUCAAGAAGAGUAGAUCAAAUAUCGAGAGGUGCAAAAUAAGAAAAUGUAAUUUAUGAUGAGUGAGCUUUCACGUUUAUCUCAAUUGCAUUGAUCAAUUGAACUUACUUUUCUUAUUAAAUGAACUUCACCCGGUUGAUCUUUAUAUGUUUUAUGUUUGAAAUAUUGGAUAAAAUGUUCGGAU